GCUUCAUAACGCGCUUCGAGGUAACGUACUAUUUGCCCAUCUGAUUUUCAAAACGGGCUUUCAAGAUUGGCCUCUAGGUGCAGUUGAUGCUUUUGUAGGCCGAUCGUACAGCAUGUAGUGGUCAAGUGUUAUUCUCCAAUAUUGUCGAUUUGCAACUGAAAUUCCCGGAUUUUUUGGUCAUGUGACGGGGAAAACCAACGAAGCCCACAAGAACUGCUGACAACGGAACCCUCCCAGUUUGAUUUCGAAUGAAUUAGUUCAAAAAACCAUUUUUGAGCCACUGCACCACAUUGUAUUGAGUUUACUGAUACUAAUGGUGAGACACGUGUCGAUCGAUGGUGCUAAUAUAAUGUACGGAAACCUGAUGAUGAUGCUGGUUUUCAGCUUAGCGGUAACUGCUGAAAGUCUAGAUCAACCAAGGACACCUGUUAGCUUAAAAGAGGAUAGGCGCAGAGUGUUCUAUAACAUUGCACAUAUGGUCAACUCCAUUCAGGAGGUGGACGAAUUUCUGGGACGCAAGGCCAACGCUUUUGAGUCCGAUGUCUCGUUCUUUUCCGAUGGCUUCGCAGGGUUGACUCAUCACGGCUUCCCUUGUGACUGUCUCCGACAUUGUGGAGGAAUGGCUAAUUUCAGCGAGCUCCUCGAUUAUAUUAGGCUGAAGGUUGACACGGGAGCCGACCUAACGCUGCUGCUUUUAGACCUCAAGGUAAGCAAACUGAGUGAGAACGCCAAAGUAGCAGCGGGACGCAGCGUGAUAUCCACUAUUGCGAGACAUCUGUGGGAACCAUCAACGUAUCGGGUCAACGUUGUAUUGUCCAUUCCACGAGUUGAGGAUCAUCGAGUCAUCGAAGGUGUGUUAGAUGGACUAGCAGCACCUUGGAUGCAACACUACGUACAAAACUUGGGUUUCGAUAUCUCCACCGCCAAAGAACUGGAAAAAAUACAGGAAAUACUCGCUAACUAUGGUAUCUACGAGCAUAUAUGGCAAGGCGAAGGGAUAACAAAUUGCGUUUCUACUCUUCACAGCAAUGAAAACCUCAAAAAAGCCCUUAACCUACGGGACCUAGGAGGGUAUCCUCAAAAAGUCUACGAAUGGACUGUGGAUCUUUCGUCGUUCCAAGCAGCAGCUCUCGACCUUGGCGUUGACGGCAUCAUUACCAACGUGCCAGAACGGCUUGAUCAAGUUCUUAAGGAGAAGUUCGCCGAUAAGUAUCGUCUUGCCACGCGAAAUGACAGCCCGUGGUUAAGGCAUGCAGGUUUUGUUCGGCCUGAAACUUCUCGAAAGCCAAUCGCAUCUGUUUCUAAGAACCUUAAAGAAGUUGGGGAACAAAAACUCAGCUUUUUCAAGAGUCUCUUUGGAUAGAUGAUCAAAGAUUAUUCUUUUAGUAUUCUGAUUUGUAAACACGCAUAUAUGAUGGUGUAGUACUCCGAGAGACAAUUCUGAUAUACACAUUAUACGAAUCCAACGUUUCAUAUACAAAAGUUAAUUCCCUUGAGUUAGAAUGAACCUGAUUGAAUUCUCAGUUUAUCCAAGCCAAGCAGUUUUCUCACCGAAUUUUUAUUUUUCUUUUAUUAUUUUUUUCAAGAAGAAUAAAGAAUCCCUCACCUGAGAAAUCUCUUCAUCAGUUUAUUAGAUUUGAUAGCAUGGUGCUUGAAGCUAAAUUAAAACAGAAUUAUUGACCAACAUCAGAUCCAUUAUUCCUAUUGUUAAUUGUUGUGGCUGAUUGCGAUCUUACGUAAUGUGACAUUCCGGUUACUUUAUUUGUUCAUAUAUUUAUAACAGAGAAUGUACAUCACCAAUUAUUUAAAAAUGGACUGAUUAUUAUGUAUUUUGUUACCUAUUUUUGGUGUUUUUUUUGCCAGAAGAUAAAAUCCACGUUCUACUGAAUAGAUGGUCCUUUUGAAUUGAUGUCAUAUGUACCCAAAUCACGAGAAAUCGAAAUCGAAUUCUUUUUUUUGUAGCCUUUUUUUUUAUAUGGACAUAACUUUCCUGCUUUUCGUGCACUUUUCAUGGUAGGGGUAACCCAUCGUUUAACUUAAUUCUUAUUAAGAGCUUCCAGCUAUAUGCAUUGAUUGAGAUUUCCGAGUAAUUCAGAGAGAACCAGCAUUGUACUGAGGAAGUACAAAAGCUACUAGGUUAACGUGUGAGAAGCAUACAUAGCGAACAUGUGGACAAUAGUAACACGUGAAAACCGCACGAUCUUUAUUAAAAGUAAUCAAAAGGUGCUACCACUUUAGUUAUGCGCUUAUUAAUUAUCACCAUACAUUUACGAACGAUAGAUCAAAAAUAAACCUAAACAAUACCGUGGGAGUUAUUAUCAGAGGCGUCAUAAUUAUGUACGAUAAUAUAUUUCUAUAUGAAUUACGUUGAGCCCAUUUGGGCAAUAGCAGUCUAGGAACCGCAAAGGAACCGCCUUUUCUGCUGUAGCUGCUAAGCUGAUAUUAUUAAAAAAAAAGCAAAUUCGAAUCUUAUAACCAAUAUUCGAGGUUCAAAAAAAUAUAGCAAGUGCAUGAUCUAAUCGAAUGAAGUCAAUACAAUGGUUAGCUACGUUUAACGAACGUUCUCAUCCGAUGCUUAAAAUAGAGCGCAAAAAAAUCCUGGAUCGUGCAAUCAUUACUUAUCGAUAUAGCUUCAGCUGCAAUGUUUCACCAUAUCGUACUUUAACACGCUCUUCAGCGACACUUCUUGUGCCCGAUUUAUGAUGACUGGCUUCGGAUAUGUCAUUGUUAAAAAAUGUAACAUUUUUAUGAACACCCUGUAGUGUUCGGCCUGAUUAACAACACUAUGAAUAGUUGCUUACAAGACCACGACGCUUAAGGGAAACCUCAAUCAAAGUGUGUUUUUAAAUAUGCACGAGGCGUUUUUGCAAAGUUUUGUAAAUUAGGUGAAAUUGUUUAUAUAUAUGUAACAAGUUCUGAAAUGCUUUCAGUUUAACCGAGAUACUAUUGAAAUCUGCAGACUAAAAGAUGCUUAGUCUCUACGAUGAUUUGUAGUUUACACGCCAACGUUAAACAAACAAGUCGAGACCUUAUAUUUCAGGCUCUCAAAUGAAACGCCUAUAUGGCAAGUUAUUUCUGU